AUGCCGCUCGACGAGAACUUCCCGACCUACCAGUUCGCCAUCCCUGACGCGACGAACCAGCCCACAAUUACCACCGUCCACUUCACCAUCUCUGGCGCCGUCCCGCAGCACCUCUACACCCUGACCCGCUUCCUGCAACCAGCGAAUUCCUACAGCAUCUCGCUGACCGACGCCCCGUUCCCGGACAUAACCUACGGCUCGCUGUCUCUCCCGCUUCUCCCGAGCACCGUCAACCCCAAUGAACUCCAGCGCCCCUCCUCGUUCACUCUCCAGCUCUACUCCCCGGACUCCACCGUGACGAUCACCCAGAAACACACCGCCCUGACGCGCAACAACUUCUGGGAAUUCACACUGCCCAAGUCCUCGUUCCUGCCACCGACGCAGUCGGCGCUGGACGCCUCGUACCGCCCGCCGGUGUCGGAGACACUCACGUUCCGGUGGCGCAAGGAGGGGAUCAACAUGCUUACGCGCAGCCAGCUGAAGUGCUCUCUGGUCUCCGGCGGGGACGAGCCGGACACGGUGCUAGCGAUGUACAGCGGUGUCGGCGACAAGAACGGCAAGGGCGGCGAGCUGGUGGUGUACGAGAGCAAUUUCCGGCGCGUGGAGAUGCAGGAUCUCAAGGGGCUGGAGAUGGUCCUGCUGCUGAGCUCCCGCGUCGUGGCCGACGUGUGGUUCAGCGGCUCGAGCGCUAUAUUCAACACUACACAACGCGUAGGCACGGGAAUGGGCGGACCCGCCCCGCCCCCGCCAGCGUACGAACCCCCGGCCGCCUCCUCCGCUGGCACGUUCGCCGAACGCUUCAACAGCCAGGUAUACCCGCCCGACAAACCCAAGGCCGCUCCCGUUUCACCCACCACCAGCCCAACACAACAGUCGGCGCCCAUGCAGCAGCCCGCUCCCAAGCCCCAGCCCGCCGAGAUGCCCACGCCCGCCCCAAGGCAACGACCCGCUGCACGGCAACCCCCCACCUCACCGGCACUAACCCAACGGCCCGCCGCGCGGCACCACCCAACAGCAAGACCACACACGACCGCGCGGCCCUUGCGGGCGCAACCCGCCUCGUCACAAGCGCCCGUGGAAGAAAAGAUCGUGCCAACGCUCGAGGACCUCACAGCGCGACAGCGGAUCGCCGACGAGCAAGCCGAGAUCCGGCGGAUGCUUGCGGACGAGGAGCGCGCGGCUGCGCACCGCCAGGCCGCUAUCGACGCCGAGACCGAGCGCCUCAAGCGGCUGUAUGAGCAGGAGGCGUUGGCGGAGGCGAGGGCGCGGCAGCAGCAGGGGCAGCAGCAACAGCAGGUGCAAAGACCGCAUACCCAGCCGGGGCAGGCGCCGAUGAGUCCGAAGGCCGCUGCAGCAGCAGAAUCUACAGCAGCAUAA